AUGGUACGAAUUUUGCCCGGGCCAACUUGGUUGGGUGCCCAAGUGGCUCAACCAAGUUGGGCACGCAACCAAGUUGGGCACCGGGCGGGAAUCGAACCCAGGGCCUCGCAGGCGCAGAGUGUCAACUGCACCACCAGCAACCGGUUGUCCACUCUGCCACGAACUCCCCUCUCCCAAACAGCGGACUCUGCGGCGACACAGUGUGGAUACCAACGGUAUUUAAAGGUAUGCAUUUGUCCUCGCAAUCAACAUUGCUUCUAUAAUUUGAAGAUUGUCCGUAAUGGCAAUUGGACGAAGUCUGAAGAUAAGGCUGAUGAAGCUUGGGUCGUGAUAUUUACUUUGAGAGACUAUUCUAGGCCUUAA